AUUCUAUUAACCUAGUCGCAUUCUAAUUCAACAACUUUUUCCGUCCUUGAGAAAACCCUCCACAACGACCUGCCAACUUCACGAUAUCUCCAAUACCUAUCGUUGAACAGACAAAAUGGCUCGCGGACCGAGAAAGCACCAGAAGCGCUUGAGCGCCCCCUCCCACUGGCUUCUUGACAAGUUGUCCGGUGUCUACGCCCCCAAGGCUUCCGCCGGUCCCCACAAGCUUCGCGACUGCAUGCCCCUCAUCGUCUUCAUUCGCAACCGUCUGAAGUAUGCCUUGAACUACCGCGAGACCAAGGCCAUCCUCAUGCAGCGUCUCGUCAAGGUCGACGGCAAGGUCCGAACCGAUAUGACCUACCCUGCCGGCUUCAUGGACGUCAUUACCAUCGACAAGACCGGCGAGCACUUCCGCCUUAUCUACGACACCAAGGGCCGCUACACAAUCCAUCGAAUCCAGACCGAGGAGGCCGAGUACAAGCUGGGCAAGGUCAAGCGAGUGCAACUUGGCAAGGGCGGAAUCCCAUUCUUGGUCACGCACGAUGCGAGAACCAUCCGUUACCCUGACCCUGCUAUCAAGGUAAACGACACCGUCAAGAUUGAACUAGCCACCGGCAAGGUCACCGACUUCAUCAAGUUCGACACUGGCGCCAUUGCCAUGGUUACCGGUGGUCGUAACAUGGGUCGUGUCGGCGUCAUCACCCACCGUGAGCGCCACGAUGGUGGUUUCAACAUCGUCCACAUCAAGGACGCUAUCGACAACACCUUCGCCACCCGUGAGAGCAACGUCUUUGUCAUCGGCUCCGAGAAACCCUGGGUCUCCCUGCCCAAGGGACGCGGUGUCAAGCUCACCAUUGCCGAGGAGCGUGACCGCCGCCGUGCUCAGGCCCUGGCUGGUCACUAAGCAUCUUCUAGUAAUGAAACAAAAAGGGAUCUGGCAGAGGGUUGAUUUUCACAACGCAUGGGAACUGGCGUCUAUGGCAUACCAAUUCGCUCUUACCGAAUGAGUAAGAUUCGUGGUUUAGGUCAAUGAUGAAUGAGAAUUAAUUGACCCUGAUCCUGCACUGUUGUGGCAUCUGCA